GAAGCAAAAUUCACCCUGCAUCUGCAGUGAGUGACUUCUCUUUCUCUUUUUGUCAUUCCUCAUUAGGUAUAGACACGUGUGGCCGUCCUCCCUGUAGGAUCCCAGUUCCACUGGCUUCGGACAUUUUGGGGGCUUACAAUGCCGCCACCGGCGGACAUCGUCAAGGUGGCCAUAGAAUGGCCGGGCGCCUACCCCAAACUCAUGGAAAUCGAUCAGAAAAAACCACUGUCUGCAAUAAUAAAGGAAGUCUGUGAUGGGUGGUCUCUUGCCAACCAUGAAUAUUUUGCACUGCAGCAUGCUGAUAGUUCAAACUUCUAUAUCACAGAAAAGAAUCGCAAUGAAAUAAAAAAUGGCACUAUCCUUCGAUUAACCACAUCUCCAGCUCAAAAUGCCCAGCAGCUCCAUGAACGAAUCCAGUCGUCGAGCAUGGACGCCAAGCUGGAAGCCCUGAAGGACUUGGCCAACCUCUCCCGGGAUGUCACGUUCGCCCAGGAGUUUAUAAACCUGGACGGCAUCUCUCUCCUCACGCAGAUGGUCGAAAGCGGCACUGAACGAUACCAGAAAUUGCAGAAGAUUAUGAAGCCUUGCUUUGGAGACAUGCUGUCCUUCACCCUGACGGCCUUUGUUGAGCUGAUGGACCAUGGCAUAGUGUCUUGGGAUACCUUUUCUGUGGCAUUCAUUAAGAAGAUAGCAAGUUUUGUGAAUAAGUCAGCCAUAGACAUCUCCAUCCUGCAGCGGUCCUUGGCCAUUUUGGAGUCCAUGGUGCUCAAUAGCCAUGACCUCUACCAGAAGGUGGCACAAGAGAUCACCAUCGGCCAGCUCAUUCCACAUCUUCAAGGGUCAGAUCAAGAAAUCCAAACCUAUACCAUUGCAGUAAUUAAUGCACUUUUCCUGAAGGCGCCUGAUGAGAGGAGGCAGGAGAUGGCGAAUAUUUUGGCUCAGAAGCAACUGCGUUCCAUCAUUUUAACACACGUCAUCCGAGCCCAGAGGGCCAUCAACAAUGAGAUGGCGCACCAGCUGUAUGUCCUGCAAGUGCUCACCUUUAACCUGCUGGAAGACAGGAUGAUGACCAAGAUGGACCCCCAGGACCAGGCUCAGAGGGACAUCAUAUUUGAACUUCGAAGAAUUGCUUUUGAUGCAGAGUCGGAACCCAAUAACAGCAGCGGCAGCAUGGAGAAACGCAAGUCCAUGUACACUCGGGAUUACAAGAAACUUGGCUUCAUUAAUCAUGUGAACCCUGCCAUGGACUUCACCCAGACUCCUCCUGGAAUGUUGGCUCUGGACAACAUGCUGUACUUUGCUAAGCACCAUCAGGACGCGUACAUCCGGAUUGUGCUUGAGAACAGUAGCCGAGAAGACAAGCAUGAAUGUCCCUUUGGCCGCAGCAGUAUAGAGCUGACCAAGAUGCUGUGUGAGAUCUUGAAAGUGGGCGAGUUGCCUGGUGAGACCUGCAACGACUUCCACCCGAUGUUCUUCACUCACGACAGGUCCUUCGAGGAGUUUUUCUGCAUCUGCAUCCAGCUCCUCAACAAGACAUGGAAGGAAAUGAGGGCAACUUCUGAAGACUUCAACAAGCAGACGAACACCACUUCAUCUCUGUCAUCAAGGCAAUCCGUGCAUCUUGGCCAUCACUAA